GCUAAUCGGAUCUUUAGGUGGGCGGGGUUACUUAUUGUAAGCGGCGGCUGUGGCAGUUAACAGGGAAUGCAGGAAAAUCGACGUAACAGUGUUCUUCGGGAGACCACGCUAGCUCGGAUGUCCGAGACAAAGGCUUGAAAUGAACAGGAUACGAAUCCACGUUUUGCCCUCAAGUCGGAACCGGGUGACCCAGACACCCCGACCUCAGGAGCCACAGGCUUGCUCCUUCACCCAGCGGCCCUGCUCUCAGCCACGACUUGAAGGCUUGGACUUCUGCAUCAAACACAUCUUGGAGGACAAAAAUGCGCCUUACAAACAGUGCAGCUACGUCUCUGCCAAGAACGGGAAGCGGUGUCCCAAUGCCGCACCAAAGGCAGAGAGGAAAGACGGAGUGACCUUCUGUGCAGAGCACGCUCGCAGGAAUGCCAUGGCUCUUCGAGCUCAAAUGAGAAAGGCGUCUUCUGGUCCGUCACCAGAGGCCCUGCUGUCUCAACUUAGUGGGUACAGCCGAGCAGAGUCACACAGCCUUGAUGGAGGACGCUCUGAAGCCAGCCGCAUUCUAGAUGAGGACAGUCUGAGUGAGGAAGAGCAGGGGCCGUUGGUAUUGGACCAGACGUGGAGAGGAGACCCAGACAGCGAGGCUGACAGCAUCGAUAGUGAUCACGAGGAUCCUCUGAAACACGCAGGAGUGUACACUGCAGAAGAAGUGGCGCUAAUCACUCGAGAAAAACUUAUCAGACUCCAGUCCCUCUAUAUCGAUCAGUUCAAACGCCUGCAGCACCUGCUGAAAGAGAAGAAGCGCAGAUACCUGCACAACCGCAAAAUGGAGCAUGAAGCUAUAGGUACCAGCCUCCUGACAGGGCCUGAAGGUCUUUCCAUGAAGGAGAGGGAGAACCUGAAGAAGCUUAAAGCUCUGCGUCGAUACCGCCGCCGGUACGGGGUGGAGGCCCUGCUGCACCGGCAGCUGAGGGAAAGGAGGCAGGCUGUGACAGAAGGAGGCCCUCAGCCACACACAAGAACAGUGAGUGAAAAAUGCAUCUCCUUCAUGGAGGGAACCCGAUGUACCAAUCCCUGCCUGCCUAUGGCCCGACACUGUGUCUCACAUAUCUACCAGGACAGCAACCAGGUCCUUUUUAAAAUGUGUCCAGGGUUAAAAGAUGUUCCAUGUGAUCGUACUGUGCACAUGGGUCAGUCAGACGACCCCCGCUGCCCGCUGCACCUCACCCUGCCUCCGCCCAUGUACCAGCCCGAGCAGGAGGCUCCGCCACAGGAGGAGUUCACCCCUAUGAGCAAAGACAUGUACCUGAGUGCGGCAGAGCUUCAGCCCACAGAGAACCUCCCUCUCGAGUUCAGUGAUGACCUGGAUGUGGAAGGGGACGGUAUGCAGGGUCCUCCGUCCCCUCUGCAGUUUGACACAGCCCUGGCCCUGGAGGACCAAACCAUCAGAGCCAUAGCUGAGGCCCCGAUGGACAUCCUGACUGGCGAGGACCCAGACCAGGACCUUGACACCUCAGGGCAGGAACUCUCAGAGAGAGAUGUGGACGCCAUCAUGAACAACCAGGUUAACUCUCAAUCAGGGGUUUUGUCGUCGUGAAUAUCUUAUUGUGGCAGGUGGUGUCAGAGGCAGUCGGAGGUGAGGAAGACACGACCGACAAUUUGCUCCAAGACAUCGACUCUGCUGCAGCCGACGCUCCCAGAUGAACCAGCAUUUCAAAGAACUGUCACUGCUACUCGUUUAUAAUACAGCCCACAAUUAGGUACUAAAGUACUCAGAGGCUCCUACUGAGGCUGAAAGCUGGAGUAGGCGACAUGUUUUUGGGAUCAAUGGGCAGAAAUUCCAUAAUAACCUUUCAGCAUAUUGUACUUCAUGUGGGGAACUAGACUCCUGGUUUCAUACUAUAGAAAAUCCAGCAUGAGAUGAGACGUCGCCCAGUGUGAGGCCGUUUCAGGUGAGUCGUGUGAAGGUGCAGGGAAAGGUCAGCUGAGAGGGAAGCGUUUGGAUCAUAAAUGUCAGCUGGACAUGUUAGAGGAAUGCAGGGAGAAAACUGAAGUUUAGGGUAAAAUGUUACACUGUGCAGUUUCAGUUAUAAACAUCAUUGUGAUGUGCCUCACUGUUUCUGCUCUUACUGCCUGGUUUGAAAUAAAGAUGAGGAAAGAAAUGGGGUUUUAGGUAACUUUGUUUCUGAUCGGCAUGUUUUCCACCACUGCAGCAGAAAACACAUUUCCAUAAAACUUUAAAGCAACUGGAAACUUUCUCCCAUUAUUACACUUUAACACAUUCUGUUGUUGCAUAUGCCCUAGUAGCCAGUAUUUACAGAAAUACUUGAUGUAAUUUUUAUUAUGUCUGCUAAGGUGGUUUUGCGUUUCAGUUGGUUUGAGCGAGUUCGGGGACGACCAGUCGUCUCAUUUUAUGUGGGACAGCAAACCUUUUCAUCACCCACAUUUAUCUCCCACAUUUUCAUUGGUUGUAGUUACAAAUAAAUAAAAAGUACAAGACACGUGUGCUGAUCUGCAAAUGCUUCACUGCUGAAAUUUAAAAAUGAUUCCUGCAGUAAAGCAGUUUAUAGCUUCAGCUGUUACUGCGGGAGAAAAGGGAACCUUAAAUCAAUAAAGACAAUAUAUGGUUAUAAAACUUGUUUUAUGCUUAUGAUCAACAACAAACCUUUAACAGAUGUAGUUUGUGCUUUCACACAUUGUUAAGAAACCUUCAUCUGGCUUUGGAUAACAGGAACCUUUGGAAGGAUUUUGUGAUUUACUCCCUCUGUUAGUACUAAAGAUUCGGUGCAGUUUAGUGCAUGUUUGUCAAGUGUACAUGAGGAAAAUUUGGAGCUGGAGUCUUCAUUUCACACCCGUGUUUGUUUAUUCUCCAGCUGUUCUUUUCCUCUGUACCUCCAUUCAAACACCAGUAAACGCAGGCUGUAUUGUAAAGUGUUCGAGCACGUUUCAGUUCCACAUAGACGAGUCCAGAUUUGCACUUAAGCCUGAGGUCACCUUCAGAAAAAUAGCUGUUUGAGGCCUCUAGUCCAGUUUUAGCUCCAUACACUCAUCCUACCUCUGUUUGUCAUGCGGUUGUAUUAUUUCUAGUUGUUAGGGUUAAAUGCCUUAAAGCCUGAGUGCUGUAUCAGGUUUUCAGCUGUUUGUGUGUUAACUUUAAAAAUGUCACCCUUUCAACCACAAAUAAAUUAUUUUCUGAUGGA